AUGUUUCUUAACGACCUAUCGAUCUAUUCAAUACCGUUAAUCGGUAUCCUAAUUCUUCUCAUCAGUAUUAGUUCUUCCAAAACCAUCCAUUUAUUCACAUAUCAAUUAUCCAGCAAGUCGAAAAAACAACUGAAUGCUACUCAAUCGACGACUCAGACUCCAAACUCUCAUGUAGCCAUUCCAGUCAGUUCACAUCCUCAAUUAGAUAGUGUUGAUUGUCGAUCUCGGCCCAUAACAUUAACAUUGAAUGAUGAUGACGAUGACGAAGAUUUGAUCCAAUCAGAUAUUUCGUCGAUAUCCGUGACCAAUUUCUGCGACAACAGUUCAAUUGAAUUACGUCUCGAUCAAGAUCUCGGUGAUGAUGAUGAAGAUAAUGAUUUAUAG